AUGGAGAAGGUGGUUGUUUGUUGGUACAAAAAGCCAAAUGCUCUCUGUAGGCUGAUUUGCUUUUCGUGGGCUGCAGGUGGAACUUCUGAAUUUGCUGUAUGGGGCAAACUCUUCAACAGCUCAGUUGAAGUGUGCUCUAUAAGGCUUCCUGGAAGAGAAUGUCGUGCUAACGAGCCUUUUGCGAAAGACAUGGCAGAUGUCGUUAAUGAAGUUACAAGUGCUUUGUUAAAAAAAUUGCAAGAAAAACCAUUUGCAUUUUUUGGUCACAGUUUUGGAUCUUACGUUAGUUUUGCUGUUGCGCUACACUUGAAAGAAAAGUAUGGACUAGAGCCGAUCCAUCUUUUUACAUCAGGGGCACAUGCCCCAGUCUCUAAAGCAUUGCUUCCCAUGAAAUCCAUAAACAUGUAUGAUGUACAAGAUGAAGACAUUGUUAGAUGUAUAGAACUUCUUGGAGGAACUUAUUCUGAGCAUCUGCAAAAUGAAAAGUGUAGGAAACAUCUGCUAGUUGCUCUUAGAGAAGACCUAAGAGUUCUUCAGACAUUUUCUUUUGAGAAGCCAGAAGGCAGUACCCCCUUCUCUUGUGAUGUUACCUCCUUUAACGGGUCUGAAGAUAAACCAUACUAUUUAGAAGCCUGGCACGAUCUAACAAGUGGAGAUGUUUUCUUGUACAAGCUUCCUGGAUGUCACUUUUAUCUGCUGGAACCUGCUAAUGAAAUUUUCUUGAUAAAACACAUAACAAGAUGUAUAGAAAAUGCUGGUCUGUGA